ACAAAAACAACUGGAUCGCCAACCCGUAGCUUCGUCCAGCAACUAGGCAUUUGUAUUAACAUUUAUUUGAUCAAUUCUGACUUUUACAGGUUAAUAUAAAUGUAGUUUAUAGACUACCCUGAAAAUGUGAGACAUAUCCUCUGUUUUUCAGGCACUGGGUACCAAAACAACAUGUGCUUUUGAUGUAUCAUAAUAAAUCUGCGGUAGUCAGAUCGUCAAAUCGAAUGGGAUAUUGCGUUCACUUGUCAGUAAACUUGGGGACCGUUUAGUUCUAUCCAACAAAGACGUGAUAAACCCGAAUCAGAACUUAUAUCGUGACGCAAUAAGACGCUUUUAUUAUGCGUUCUGGUUUCAUGUUCUUGCUCUUAUUUUUGACAUUAUCUGCCCAGAUUUUGAUAUUUGCCUCUACGAUCAACAUCCUACGAAUUGUUCCAGCCUUGGAUUUGCCGACGUGUAGGCUUCAUCUGCUCAUGCUCUAGCAGAACCAGCCAGCCCAAUUACCAACAUGGCUGUAAAUGUUUCUUACGUAUACAUUUUUAUUUUAUGUAUUCAUCAUUUCAUAUCCAAAGCCGCAGUCGAAAGCAGAUUCUCCGACUUCAAAAGCUGUGCAGACGAGGAAUGCAGUAUGCUCUUGUGCCAGGGGAAAGCUUUUAGCGAUUUCACCGGACCAGACUGUCGGUUUCUGCCAUUUAAAAAAGGAGAGACUAUAUAUGUCUACUAUAAACUCUCAGGCCAAAGGACAAAUAUAUGGGCAGGGAGUGUUGGUAACCGCUUUGGUUACUUCAAUAAGGACCAACUCGUAAUCAAUCACAUAUACACUGAAAAAGAAUUGGAGAUUCCUGCUGAGGAAACCGACUUUGUUUGCUUUGACACUGGACAUGAUAAGUUUGACAGUUAUGACAUUGAUUCACUGUUAGGUUCCUCUUUAUUGUUAACAGACAAGGAGGAAUCUGUGCAGGUAACCACAGAGACUUUUUACCUAAACAAAAGUGCUGAGAGCACCACGGUGGAAGUAGAUGAGCCUCCACCUGAAGUGACAUUGUUAGAAAAUUAUGAGAUUGAUAGGGAUGUUCCUGAGGACAUUGAUAAGGUUGUAGAGGUUCUAGAUAAUGAUGAUCUGAGACAUUUUGAGGCUUUAGAGUCCUCUCAGCCUGAAACUCUUGACACAAAAGGAGUGGAAUAUAACACUGUAUUUGAGACCACAGCUGAGAGGAUCAAAGAUUACCUUCAGAAAGAUCAGCAGAGGACAGAGGACUCUGUGCCGUACAGUAUUGUUGAACCAGAGGAAGGUGAGAUCAAAGAAACCCCCUCAGAACCUCUAUCCAAAGAUGAUCCUGAGUUAGAAAAUGCACCUGAUGGUUUUUCAGAAGGCAGACCUAUUCCGGAGUUAAAAACAACACUUGGAAUAGCUUUUGAUGCUGUCACUUCCAAUGAUGAGGACACUUGGAAGGUGACUCCAUAUGACGAGGAAAGUGACAAGACUGAAUAUCAGCAGGAUGAUGAAAGUGAUUAUCAUCUCAGGGAAACUCCAUUGCUGGAUUUUUCUGAAGAAAGUUCUAAUUUGGAACACGAGAACAUUCUGGAAUCUGAUCAUACAGAUGAGGAAGACAGUCUAUCAGAGGUACCUCAUACACUGAAACAGGACUCCAAGGACAAUAACCUGUGGUCUGCAUUUGGUGAUACAGUUUUUAACAUUGUCAGUGGUGGGGAAAGAAUAGCUCAUGUUGCCGGUUCAGAGGAAGAUGAGGAGGAUGACGAAGGUGAGAUUACACCAGAGCAGCCUCCCAAAAUUGAAGAACCCAAGGAGUCAUUUGGCUGUUCUACUUCCUCUGAGCUAAUCUUUGAGCAACCUGCAGACUCUAAUUUCAGUGAGGAUGCUGUCAAAGUAACUGAUGAGGAUUCUCAGAUGUUGCAGUUUGAGGAUGAAUCUGAAGAAGCUGACAUUGAACCUUCAACACCUCCUGCUGAUGAGGGGAGUCCCUUUGAACACACUGAGGCUUUAGCAGAGAAUCUUACAGUAGAUGACAGCCCAGUCCUUAAACAGCUCUCACAGACAGACAUGCUCUCAGACUUUGAUAGUCAAAUUAAUGAAUUAGAGCAGAAACAAGCUGUUGAAGAACUCUCCAUACAAAAAGAGGAGUCAAUAGAUUUCUCACAAGUAGAGAAUACAUUUAAACAGGGUGGUACAGAGCUUUUCAGACUAUUGCGAGAACCAUACCAGAAGAUCCCAGAUCCAAGUAAAAACACAAUGGUGAAAGAGAGCCAUCUUGAACUCCCCAUAGAGGAGGAUGAUUCAAUACACCUAGAGUGGGAAGAGAUUGAGGAACAGUUGCUAGAGGAUGAAAAUGCAGUAUUGUCUUCAUCCAAAACUGAGCACACGGAUGAAAAUGACACAGAAAGUCUAUCUGAAUUUUGGUCAGAGCAACUCAAUAAUUAUACACAAACCGAUGUUGUAUCCAGUGAUGUGUUGGAUGUGGUACAACAUGACGAGGCUAUUGACAUAGAACCUGAGGUGCAUGAGACUGAAAAUGAUGCUGAAAGCCACACACCCUCACUUAAAGAUAAAGUUCUGGAUCCCCUUCCAAACAAGGAGACGGAAUACAGUGACAAUGUGUUGAGGCUGACACUAUUGCGAGACCACUUCAAGGAGGAGGAUAGGGUGGAGUUCCUGUUUUCUGACCUGGAGCUGAAGGCUGCCCGGCUGUCCCAGACAAACACCAGUGAGGACAUUGAAAAGGUGCUGGUCCUGGAUGAGAUUGAGAGGAUGCUGGAUGCCCAGGAGAACGCUGACCUGCAGCAGGAGGCUGGUGAGUUUGUUGAGGAAGCUUCCAUCUUGGACGACUUCCAGGAAUUGGUGUUCACCCUGAGUCAGAAGUACUCAACGGCCAGAAACAGUGCUCCCAUGGCAGUGGGCAGUCAACUACACCCUGACACAGAUGGGAAUAUGUCUGAUGAUGCGGAGGAAGAGAAGACAUUCCCGCAGUCUGUGGAGGACACAGACAAGGACAACCUCACUGUGACAGAGACGGGUGAAGAGACUAAGGCACCUGAGGAGCCUGCCCAUGAUGGUCACAAGAUACCAGAUAUGGGCAUUGAGGAGGAUAGUGGGUACUUGAACAGAAACAAAGACAAUCAGGCAAGCUCUAAAACUCCAGAAGAAAUCCAGAGGGGCCCUCAAACUAUUUUGGAAAAUACCUUGGACAUGGGACUUAGCGUAGACAUGGAUCACCCUCCCUCAGGAUCUCUGGAGUCACCUCCUGUCACUGAUUUCCAUGAAGAUGAGCAGAGUGGUUCAUCAUUCGUAUCAGUGCUAAUUUUAUCUGGUCGUCUCAUCACCCUGUUUUAUGAGUAUCUUGGAAUAUAUGGUGUUAUGAUGGUCACCAGCCUGCCAGAGCACUGGAAGCCAGGUCCAGACUUCUACAGCGUGUUCUGUGAACCCGUGCUGGUCACUGCAGGUCCUGGGGUCAUCGGCUUCCUCUUCUGGAGGAGCAUUCUAUCUGUCAAAAGCAAGUCAUAUCUAACUACUGAAAAAGAGCUGGUGGACAGGAUGAAAAUGCUUGAACAAGAGAAGAAGGAGAUACUCCAAAAGGUUGCUGAACUGCAGCAACGGGGUGAAGAACUUAAAGAAAAUCAAAAGCUGUCUGAAAAAUCUGCCACUUUAUCUCUGGAGAAGAUCCAGGAUUUGGAGAAUAUUGUGCAAGAGAUUGAGAGACAAAAUGAGCGCCUGGAUGCGGAAAAUCACUUACUCGCCAUAUCCUUUGACAAAGAGCGGGCCAAUACUGCGAAACAUGAAGAUAUGAUGUCCGAAAUGGACAAAACCAUUGAGAAGUUGAAGCGCAGCAAGAAGAAGACCCAGGACGCACUCUCAAAGUCUACCAUUCUGAUGGAUGAAGUCAAGCUCCGUGAAGAUGCCCGGAAUGUCCAGCACCAGGUUCUGGAGAAGGAUAUUGCCACCCUGAAGGAAGAGAACCUCUCGCUGCACCAUGCUGCCAAGUUGUGGGAGGAGAAGCACAGGGAGACAAGAGAGCAGAUCAAAGUCUACCACAAGUCUCAGAAAGACCUGGAGGAUUCCCUCGUUCAAAAGGACCACAACGUUGAGGUUCUAUCUGACCUGCUAGGAGACCUGGAGGCCUGCGAUGACCUGAAAGGUGGAGUUGUGGCUAACGGGGAAGCCUUUAACGACAAGCAGACCAUCAUCCAAAACCGCAUUAAGCAAAUGAUGGUCGUCUCUCGGGUCCAGACCACUCUGUCUGUUGUGGAGGAAGAGCGCGAUCGCUUCAUGACCAAGCUGCUGAACGAAGAGAAGUCCAGGAAAGAGCUGGAAGAGCAAUUUCAGAAGCUGGAGCAUGACAUCUUGUUGGUGAAAAGUGACAAGAACCACCUGGAGAACCAGUACAAGACCCUGCAGCAGAAGAAUGACAUCAUGACCGAGAUGUACCAGCAGAAGGAGAACGCUUUGCAGCAGAAGCUGACCAAGGAGGAGUUUGAGCGCCCCAACAAGGAAGACCGGCUGACGAAGGUGGACAGCAAGGCCCUAGAGGAGGAGGUCAAGGUGUGUAAGCAGCGCGUUAAAGAGAUCCAGGAUGAGCUGAAACGGACCGAGAAGUCCUACAAAGCCCAGAUCAUUGAGCAGGAGCAGAAAUCUCACAAGAACUGGGUGAUUGCACGCGCCGCAGAGCGAGCUCUGUUCGACGAGAAGAAGGAAAACACUAACCUUUGUAACUUACUGACUGACAUGUCCAGCAAGCUGAAUGAGCUCCGUAGGCCUCUGUUCAAGCCCACCCCUGGGAUGGCUCCCAUGCCUCUCCGACGAGGACCACGACCUCGCGGCCGUUACCCUCCUGACCACAAACACCCAGUGGCUUCUAGACCUGACACCAUGGCCCCACGUACAUCCUCACCAAGCGAUCUGGGCAGCUCGACCGCUCCACUAGAGUCACAGGCUGAGGCCCAGGCCUCCACAGAGAACCCAGAGGCAAACACUCGACCUCAGGGUCCUGGCUCCCUGCUGGUCUCUCCCAUCAGGUCCCCCCCCGACUCAAGCCCCGGCCCCCUCAGACCAGUCAUCAGCCAUCCCUCCGGACUCUGCUACCGUCCCAUUCCCAGACCCCACCACAUCCCUCCUCCCCCACCCUUCAUGCCUCCCGUGUACCGACCAGACAACGGACACUCAGGCAUGAUGCCUCCUGGACCCCCACCGCCUAACGGACACCCGCCUGGUCCCAUGAUACCACCCGGACAUCGGCCUCCAACUCCUGGUGCUUACAGUCCCCCUUCCCCACACAACCGGUACCUUCCUCCACCUUCUCACUAUGAACCGGUGCCUCCCCCAUUCGGUGUUUCCGGCAGCCCUCCUAUGGCCCGACCCAUGGGACCCCCACAUACCUACGUGCACUAUGGACCACUUGAUCACUCCAUCCUGCCCCCUGGGGUGGCCCCAUACCCUCAUGUCGGCCCCAGAGACUUCCCUGUGCAGCCACAGGUCCCACAUGGCCAAGACUCUUCAGUGGGCCCCCAGCCCGGCGCUGGCCCCCAGGGCCAGGGGCAAGACUAUAGGUCCCAGCAGGUAACAGCUGCCCCCCAGGACUCAGACAGCUUUGCCAUGGCAGAGCCUUAGACACCUACCAACCAUUAACGACCCAGCUACAUUUAAUCAACCACGAUUCAUCUCUUUAUUUUUUUCCUUUUUUGUUUUUUAAUUAGCUGAAAAUAAAUAUAUGAUAUACUUGCGAACAACAGAAGUAUCUAAAAAGUUAGUUCCUAUUAAAGCAUCAGAAAAUCAAUGUCUUGUGUUUCGUGUCUGAAAUGUAAUAGACUUGAAGAGGAGUAGUACUGAGGCUUGUUACUCUGCAAGAAGUCCUAUUGUGCAAUAACAUUUCUAUUGUGUGACUGAGCUUUUUAAAAGGUUAUUAUGUUGAUUUUGUAUUCAUUUCACAAUGUUAUCAUGGUUUCCUGUGGAAAUUAUUAUUAAAAACAAAUGGACCCCAAGCUUUUGGGUUGCUUUGAUCAAUCAUUUCAGAAAGUACCAUAUUAUCUGAGCUCUUCCCAAAACUCUCUUCAGAAUGAACUGAAAGGGAAAGUUGUGUAAGUUAAAAGUCAGAUGUAAUUUACUGUUCUUAUGAUAUUUUAUUAAUAAAACUGGUAAAAGGUACUGCAGUUUUCUAUUGUUCAUAUGACGCAUAUGACAACUUUUGCGAUCCAUUUUAGUUUGAAAGGAAAUGUCUGACAGUGCAUUUUGUUUUGUAUGGGUAGCUGUAUUACAUGUGAAAGGCCAGUAAUCACCCACUAACUAAACACCUGUCAUAUUACAUUUGUUUCACGUGUGUUUCUUUUUGUUAUGUUACAUCAGGAAUGCAUCACAUUUUUCUAUUUUUCAAUAAAAAGAAAAUAACCCAA